CGUGCUGUACGUCUCCGCAACAAGAGCGAAAUCAAUAGCCAAUCAUCAUCACGCCAGCCGCUAUCGUAUCUCGCCCCAGUGAGCGGCAAUUCGAUAUCUCUUGAAUCUUCCGCUAUUCCAUCCUCGAGGCCCCUAUUCGGUACGAGUUUAUCAUCCUUCUUCUUCUUCCGUCAAAACUUCCGGUCUUGACCCUAAUCUGCGUUCCCACCUCUCCGCCGUUCCGCGGCCUGUCAUGGCAGGUUGCGACUUCUGCAGGCUAGGCCGAACCGAGCGACCAUCAUCGACAUCACCAUUAUCGUCACCUCUCUUCGCACAGACUUGCACCACUUCUAUCACCGCUACCACCACCACCGCUUCCUCCGCUGGUACUGCAACCACCACUAUCGCAGGCGAACUUCACAGUACCAGGCAUCAGAGCUCGUCCUCGUAUGAGCGUCCGUCUCCGUCAUGCCUCUCUCCAAGCGUAACCUCUUCCCCCAAGCCCUCCGAGCCCUCUCUUCUACUUCUUUCAGUUUUAGCUGGGCUCCCAAGUUCCAGUACCAUUCUUCUCCGGAAUACGAACAGCGCGCUCGUAAACAUUUCACGCCUCCCACUACCCCCCUCGCUGCUCUGCACUGUGCUAUUCCGAAGAGACUGCAGAAACGAUCGACUAGACGGUCGUUGUAUUACGUCGCGCGACAUCUUGCUUUCACUUGGGCUUUCUAUAUUCUUGCUUGUCAUAUCGAUGCUUGGUCUUCGAGGUUGACUUCUCGGCUCACAGGACCGUCUUCAUCACCAUCAUCUGGGUCAGGGGUGAAAGUGGGCGCAGAGGGCGAGACAAACGCAGGUUUGGGUCUGGAUGCGGUAGAUGAGAUGGGAAGAACGAUGGUGAAGACGAUGGUAGCAGGGCUAGGCUGGUGCGCGUAUUGGUGGUGGCAGGGUAUCGCGUUUGCUGGGAUAUGGUGUUUGGCUCACGAGGCUGGACACGACGCGCUUUCGCCUUAUGGAUGGGUGAACACUGCGAUUGGGAUCGUAUUGCACACCACGGUCUUGGUCCCUUAUUUCUCGUGGAAGAUUACUCACCGAACGCAUCAUAAAUUCACGAACAAUCUAGAGCGCGACGAGACGCACAUACCUUUCACCCGUCGAGAUCUCGUCCUCCCCGUAGAAAGAAUAGCGGUACGAACGGACUACAAGCAUAUCGUAGAGGAAACUCCGGUCUAUACGCUCUGUAGACUCAUCAUGAGACAGUUCCUAGGAUACCAGCUCUAUCUAAUAUACAACCGCAAGGGAAACCCAAGGUACCCUGCGGGGACCAGCCAUUUCCGUCCUUCUUCCCAGAUAUUCAAACCUGAAGAUAGAAACCUGAUUAUUAUAUCUAAUGUAUGCAUCGGCACGAUGCUGUCACUCCUUGCUGUGUGGAUGUACUUUACUGGCUUUGCAAAUGUCUGCAAAUUGUACAUUAUUCCUUGGCUCUGUGCCAAUAACUGGAUCAUCACCAUAACUUACCUGCAACAUUCUGACCCGACUAUCCCUUACUAUCGACGUGAUCAGUGGACGUUUGUCAGAGGCGCACUCACCACCGUUGAUCGACCCCUCUUAGGCUGGAUCGGGCGGUUUUUCCUGCAUAAUGCUGCCCACGACGCUGUCGCACAUCACUUCUUCCCUUCCAUCCCAUUCUAUAACCAGCCAGAGGUGACCAGAGUACUCAAGCCCCUCCUCUCUGAUCAAUACAACUACGACUCAACGCCAACACUCUACGCCCUAUGGCGCUCAUUCACCCAAUGCACCUUCAUCGAACCCGACGGCGACAUCGUGUUCUACAAGAACCAACAAGGGACCGCGACGCGCAUUGUCAAUCCUAAGGUCGUGCCUUUCAGAGUACGACAUUCUCCUCGAGGAUCGGUGGGGUCUGUUGGUUCGAUUGAGACCGUUUCGUCUCUGACUGGCUAGAGUGGCCUUUCUUGCCUACUGUCAUCUGAUUCCUUAUAUCCUUCGUGAGAUUCGUCAUAGAGGUUUCGAGUACGUGCCUUGAUUCUCGCUUUUGUGGAGAUGUGGCCCCUAGUGGGUUAUAUCGCUGUGUACGAAGUAUUGUUUGGCACGGAGGUUACGUGUACGAGUAAUGACUGCUAGUAUUGCUUCGCUGUUUACGACUAUCCACGAUCGUAUUGUUCUGUUUAUUGUACUAAUGUUACACGUCCAAUUCUUGACUUCGCGGGCUACGACCUGUAAAAGAAACCUCCACCACUGUUGGGUUCGUGAGAGGGUAGUCAUUCUUUGAUCUCGUUCUUGUGGAAUAUCUCUGGUACUUCGGGCAUCCAUUUGGCUUUAUACUUCAUAAAGAAUUCGCCCUUCGGCGGGAGCGCAUCUGGCUCGUCCAAAGUGCCAUAGAACACGUACGUGUGGUCUCCCGCAUUUUCCCCGAACUCCAUGAUCCCGCUUCCACAUUCCGAACAAAACUCCCUCGUGAGCAGCGUCCCGGAUCCAUUGUCCCCGACGUGCUUCUUGAUUCUGUCUUCGCCUUGAGUGUACUUGAACCCUUUCCGUGGAACUUUGCUAGUAAUUCCACCCUCACAACCUGUGAAUUUCUUACAGUUCUUGCAGUGACAGAUAGAGGUACGAGCUUCGUCUGGGGAGUUCAAUGUCAACUCGUACUGGACGCUACGACAGUAGCAUGAGCCGGUGUAGGUGGUCAUUUUAGCAGAGCACUGGGUACUAGUAGUGAAGCGUUCUUUUCGAGGUUCAGAGUACUUCACUUCGAUGAAGAGCGUAUUGUAC